AUGCUGUGGAGGCAUGGUCCAUCAUGGAUAAUAGAUACAACAAAACGCCCGGUUCAUACGAUUGAAGAUAACUCUGUACUAUCUACAUUAACUGAUAACGUUGAUGUCCAGCAACCAACACUAGAGAAUAGAACAAAAGGAAUUCACGAUUUGGUGGAAAUUGAACGAUUCUCCUCAUACAAAAAACUAUUACGAACGACGGCAUAUGUAUUACGUUUUAUUCAAAACUGUAGAAUAUCAAAGGAAGACAGAACAUUUGGUUCAUGUGAUGUAAAAGAAAUACAGAAGUCUGCACAAUUUUGGAUUAGGUCAUGCCAAAUAUUAAACUACCCGGAGGAAUACGACACGCUAGUAAAAGGAGACCGUACAAAGAAUUUAUCUAGGAUUCGUCAGUUGAAUUUAUUUUUGGAUCAGAAUAACAUUAUCCGAUGUAAAGGAAGGAUAGAGAAUGCACCGAUUCCCGAGUCCGCCAAAUUUCCUAUUUUGUUACCCGCAAACACACAGCUAACAACGUUGAUAGUGCGAGAUGCACACGAGAAUUUACUACACUCAGGAACUAGUAGUGUCAUAUCGCAUAUACGUCAAAACUUUUGGAUACCGUGUAUUCGUCAAUUUGUUAAUAAGAUUUUACGUAAAUGUACUGCAUGUCUUAAAGUAAAUGGAACUUCGUAUAAGGCUCCCGAUCCGCCGCCUUUACCCAAAGCACGCCUUCAAGAUACACCGCCAUUCACUGUGACCGGUAUUGACUUUACAGGAGCACUACAUGUAAGGGAUGAACACAAAAAUAUAACGAAGGCAUACGUGUGCUUAUUUACAUGUGCGUCAACAAGAGGAGUACAUUUAGAGGUUUUACCGAAUUUAUCAGCAGAAUGUUUUAUGCAAGCUUUUCGCCGUUUCACAAGUCGCAGGUCUACACCGAAAGUUGUUAUAACGGACAAUGCUCUGAUCUUUGUUGCAGCUUCAAAAGAAAUCAAACAAAUAAUUGAAUCGCAAAAUGUACAAAGUAAAAUCGCAGAAUUAGGUGUACAGUGGAGAUUUAUUCCGAAUCGUGCUCCCUGGUAUGGUGGAUUUUGGGAGAGACUAAUAGCAGUAACUAAAACUUUGUUAAAAAAAGUCCUCGGAAAAUCAUUGGUCGAUUUUCAAACCUUGUGCACUAUUGUUACGGAAGUAGAAAGUGUAAUGAACGACAGACCACUAACAUACACCUCAACGAAUAUCAACGACAGUGAACCACUUACUCCAUCGCACCUCUUAUGUGGUAGAAAAAUAAGAUCGUUAUCUUAUCCACAUUCAGAACAGGACAACAGUGAACCCGUGUUUAUGGACUAUUCAUCACUUACAAAACAAAAUGAACGACAACGAGAAUUAUUCAGACACUUUUGGACAAGAUGGAAAAAUGACUAUGUAACAUCAUUGAGGGAAUACCACAAAGCAUAUGGAAACAACAAUGAACAAAUUAAAGUUGGCGACGUUGUUCUUGUUCACGAUGAGUCAACGAGAAUCAAUUGGAAAAUGGUCAUUGUAACUGAACUAAUUCGAGGAAACGAUGGAUUUGUGCGUGCCGCUAAAAUAAAGAUGAAGAAUACCGAAACUACAAGGCCGAUAGUGAAACAAUAUCCGCUCGAAAUUACAUGUAAUUCGGAGAAAGAUGAUACAUGUGAACAAAGCACCACACAAGACAUUCGUCCAAGACGUCUAGCAAGUGUAAAGGCUGGUGAAAGAAUCCGUAAUUGGUUGAAUCUGUCUUCAAAUCGAGAUGAUAAAGAACGGAUGUGA